UGUAUCCUGUCAGUGCUAAUGUUGUGUGCUGCCCACAGACCUGUCUGUCUCUCUGUGUGGACCAGCUGUCGAAAUAAAGCAACUAUGGCACAACGAGGCAAUAACAGGGUGUUUGUCAUCGGUGUGGGCAUGACGAAGUUUGACAAGCCUGGAGCCCGUGGCGACUAUGAUUACCCGGACAUGGCUAAAGAAGCAGGUCAAAAGGCUCUAGCAGAUGCAGGAGUCCCAUAUUCUGCCAUUGAACAGGCCUGUGUAGGAUACGUCUAUGGGGACUCCACCUGUGGGCAGAGGGCCAUUUACCACAGCCUGGGCCUCACCGGGAUCCCCAUCAUCAACGUGAACAACAACUGCUCCACCGGCUCCACCGCCCUCUACAUGGCCCGCCAGCUCGUCCGGGGGGGUCUUGCUGACUGUGCUCUGGCCCUCGGGUUUGAGAAGAUGGAAAAGGGCUCUUUGUCAUCUAAGUUUAUGGACAGGACCAAUCCCAUGGACAAGCACAUGGAGGUGAUGAUCAACCGCUACGGGAUGGUGGCCGCUCCAGGAGCACCGCAGAUGUUCGGAAACGCUGGCAGAGAGCACAUGGAGAAAUACGGCACAAAACCGGAACACUUUGCCAAAAUCGCCUGGAAAAACCACAAGCACUCCACCAACAACCCGUAUUCCCAGUUCCAGGAAGAGUACAGUUUGGAGCAGGUGCUUAACUCCAGGAAGGUGUUUGACUUCCUCACUCUGCUGCAGUGUUGCCCUACAUCAGAUGGAGCUGGAGCAGCAGUUCUGGCCAGCGAGGACUUCGUCAGGAAACACCAUCUGGAGAAGCAGGCGGUGGAGAUCGUUGCCCAGGAGAUGGUGACUGACCUCGCCUCCACGUUUGAAGAAAACAGCUGCAUUAAGAUGGUGGGGUAUGACAUGUCUCGGAUGGCUGCUGAUAAGUGUUAUGAAGCUGCCGGUCUGAAGCCCAGUGACGUGGAUGUGGUGGAGCUGCACGACUGCUUCUCAGCCAAUGAGCUCAUCACAUAUGAGGCUCUGGGGCUGUGUCCAGAGGGUAAAGCCGGGGAGCUGAUUGACAGAGGGGACAACACUUAUGGAGGCAAGUUUGUGGUCAACCCCAGCGGUGGGCUCAUCUCUAAAGGACAUCCUCUAGGCGCCACAGGUCUGGCUCAGUGUGCCGAGCUGUGCUGGCAGCUCCGAGGGGAGGCUGACAAGAGGCAGGUCCCCGGGGCCAAAGUGGCCCUGCAGCACAACAUUGGCUUAGGAGGAGCUGUGGUUGUUGCUCUCUACAAGUUGGGAUUCCCUCAGGCGGCCAGUUCCCAAGUAGCUGCAGUUCCCACCAGCUUGGUCGGCGGUCAGGAAGGGUUUAAAGCCUACCCAGUCUUCAAAGAGAUGGAAAAACGUCUGCAGGAGGAAGGAGAGCAGCUUGUCAAGAAGAUUGGUGGAGUGUUUGCGUUCAAAGUGAAGGAUGGACCCGAUGGGAAAGAGGCGACUUGGGUUGUGGACGUGAAGAAUGGCAAAGGUUCCGUCAGCAAUGAUCCAGAUAAGACAGCAGACUGCACCUUAAUCAUGAGUGACGAGGAUCUUCUGGAUCUGAUGACAGGAAAGAUGAACCCACAAACGGCUUUCUUCAAAGGGAAAAUUAAGAUCACUGGAAACAUGAGCAUGGCUAUGAAGCUGCAGAGCCUGCAGGUUACACCAGGCAAGGCCAAGCUGUGAUUCCCUGAUUAACCUUGUGUUCUCGGAGCAGCACUUCAAUGGCCACAUUUUAUCUUAGAAACCCUAAUUCUCUCCUCUUGCAUUUUGCUAUUCAAUAAGCUCAUGGAAUACUUUGAUUAGGAGUUUGAUCUAGAGAGACGAUCCAUAAUGAUAGCGGCUACUUUAAUAUCAGAGCAUACUCACAGUAUACUUCAGUACAAACAAAAUCCUCAAUAUCCUCUUACGUUGUUGUUUGAUCUUGUCCACCAUACCAUAUCCAUUUUGAGUCUUUAGUAGCUUUCUGCUCAUAUGUGAAAUUUGCAGGACUACUCUCUGCUUAAUUAAUAAUGUGUUUACACUCAAAGUGCCUCUUGUUUCUGACUAUGGAAUCAAGCUUGUGGUUUGAAGCCAUUUUUGGCCUUCUCAAUUUUAAUAGAUGAUUUUGUAUAAAUGAUGUGUAUGUAAUUAAAGCAAAUAUCUUUUAAAAAAAAUAUAUAAAUCCUUUCCUAACAAUAA